GUGACUCAGCAGAUUCUCGCGAUGCAGACCUUCUAAACAAACUCUCCAACGAAACCCAUCGGGACUUCUCAGCAAGAUUGUCGAGAUCUCGAAUCCUCGGCAUGGACUUGGACCCUGCCAAGAAACGCGCCAUGAUCAUGUCAAACUUGAAACAGAGUGAGGUCCUCCGCUCAGAUUGGAAACAAACAAGAUGUCACCAUGACCCUUGCGGUCACGUUCAGAACAGGAAACGAGCUCUCCUGGAAAGGCGCAGGGCCAUGCUUGGGGACAUUCCUCCAAAAGCAGAAUCUAGUGAGACUUCGACGGAUUCUGAACAACGAAGCAACCACGGGCAUGAUAGCGAUCGAAAAGGCUCGCUGAUAGACGGACUACAUGAAGUUUCGGACUUCUUGUGCAAGCUGACUGGUCUUGAGGCCAAAUCCGAGAUGAUUCAGACUAUGUCGCUGACUUUGGACCACGAAUUUCGAGAGGCAACCAAGGGCUUCAAGCGUCCAAACAUCGGAUAUGUGCAGGCUGUUGGCAAGAGUCAGGCUAACUUGAAGCAGCCCAGAUGGCUGGGCUAGCAGAUCAAUUGGAUCUGCACAUGUCAUUUUAUGUAAGUUUGAAGAUGCUGAA